AUGGGCGAAGCAGCAGUACCGCCUGAGCUAGACACCGAUCCAGCAGCAGCAAAGAUGGCUCAGACAAACCCUCUGCCUGUUCCCAUGGGCCCGUGGAAGAGCGUUCGGAGCAGAGGCCGGGAGAACCGCCAGCCACAGCCCUGCCACCCGCCCGUCCCAGAACGGCUCCGCUCCUCUCUCCGGACGGCAGCGCCGCCCCGGGAACUGAUCUCCGCAGGGAUCACCGUGUACGACCAAGAAAACUUCCAGGGCAAGAGGAUGGAGUUCACUUCGGCCUGUCCAAACAUCAUGGAAUGUGGCUUCGACAACAUCCGCUCCCUGAAGGUGGAAUGUGGCGCCUGGGUCGGUUAUGAGCACACCGGCUUCUGCGGGCAGCAGUUCAUCCUGGAGAGGGGAGAGUACCCGCGCUGGGACGCCUGGAGCGGCAGCAACGCCUACCACAUCGAGCGCCUGAUGUCCUUCCGCCCCGUCUGCUCUGCUAAUCACAAGGAAUCCAAGAUCACCAUUUUUGAGAAAGACAACUUCAUCGGCCGCCAGUGGGAGAUUGCUGAUGACUACCCCUCGCUGCAGGCCAUGGGCUGGGCCAACAACGAAGUGGGCUCCAUGAAGAUCCAGUGUGGCGCCUGGGUGUGCUACCAGUAUCCCGGGUACCGUGGCUACCAGUACGUCCUGGAGUUUGACCACCACGGUGGAGACUACAAGCACUGGAGAGAGUGGGGCUCACACGCCCAGACCUCCCAGAUCCAAUCCAUCAGGCGUGUCCAGCAGUAG